CGCUGGCAACACACCGCAAAGAGUCCGUCAAAAGCGGCCAGAACAUCACAAGAACGUCCGACUUCCUGUCACUUGGCCCGGAGCCCACGCAAGCCAUCCCCAAGCCAAAGAGGACGUCUGGGAAAAAAAUCGGUGUGUUCCCGCACCAGGAUAGUCGGGGAACGCGCCCGACUGAAGAGUCCAUUAACUUUCAUCGGCGACUUCAUGUUGACAAAUGUUAGCCGUGGGGCAGAUGGAGGCUAACCGGCAGAGUGCUUUCGUCCUGGGCAGCACCCCGCUGGCGGCGUUGCACAACAUGACCGAGAUGAAGACGUCCCUGUUUCCUUACGCGCUGCAGCAGAGCCCGACGGCUGCAGCGGCGGCGGCGGCGGCGGCUGCUGCCGCGGCCGGUUUCAAAGCGCCGUCGCUGUCCAGCCUCAACUCGCAUCUGGCCAGCGGGGCCACCCCGCACGGAAUAAGCGACAUCCUGGGGAGACCCAUCACCACCGCUGGUCAGCUGCUUUCCGCCGGCUUCCCCAGGAUCAACGGCAUCAACGGGCUGGCCAGCACCGCCGCCGCGGCCGCUGCCGCCGCCGCCGCCGGGAUGUACUUCGGCCCCGCCGUGUCCCGUUACCCCAAGCCGCUGGCCGAGCUCCCAGGGAGGGCGCCCAUCUUCUGGCCGGGCGUCAUGCAGGGAUCCCCGUGGAGGGACCCGCGCGUGCCCUGUCCCUCUCAGUCAAGCCUGAUGAUGGACAAGGAUGGCAAGAAGAAGCACUCCAGGCCCACUUUUUCUGGCCAGCAGAUUUUUGCACUGGAAAAAACCUUCGAGCAGACCAAGUACCUGGCAGGUCCUGAGAGAGCUCGCCUGGCCUACUCAUUGGGGAUGACAGAAAGCCAAGUCAAAGUGUGGUUCCAGAACAGGAGGACCAAAUGGAGGAAGAGGCACGCGGCCGAGAUGGCCUCGGCCAAGAAGAAGCACGACUCGGAAACGGAGAAGAUGAAGGAGAGCUCGGACAACGACGAGGACGACGAGUACAACAAGCCGCUGGACCCCAACUCGGACGACGAGAAGAUUACGAGACUGUUGAAAAAGCACAAAAGCGCCGGUGGAGGCGGCAGCAAUUUGGCCCUCAUCAGCCCCUGUAGUAACAGCUCGGACACCUUGUGAUGACCCCGCCCGCAGCACGGCAAAGCGCGGGGAUGGUCCAGACGAGACUUUCGGAACCCAUUUGCACCCGACGCCAUCACCGUGGAGAGGACACGUAUGGGACGACCGGAGUUCCCAAAAAAA